AUUAGUUCAUUUUUUUUAAUUCCCUUUUAGCACUCAUAAUAAUAUACGCGGAGCUAGUUAAUGCAAAGCUAAACUUAACAAACACGCAGUAGGGUGCUUCAAAAAGCCAAGUAAAACACAGCUAAUCGAAAAGUAGAGCGAUCAGGCAAAGUUACAUUAACUGAUUUCGUUGAUCUACUGGGAAAGAAAUACAACAAUGUUAUAAGAGCAUGCGUUCAACGCAAACCGAAAGGCAUGUUUACUAAUAACAACACGUCGAAUGCGUACGAUGUACCAACGAAUUUUAUCAUUGCAGUCAUUGUAGCAAGUUGCACUAGUUUUCUUUUUGGAACUGUGGGAAACAUUGUAGUCCUUGUGCACAAUAUCUUCAAGAACCAUACCAAAACUCCGACGACGUACUUUGUCAUAAAUUUGGCCUUCGGUGACAUUUUCGUAUGUUGUUUCUUUUUUCCAACAUGGAUCGUAAAAUCUUUCUUGAUUCUCAGCGGGAAAAACGUUCGAAGUGGAAACUUGUGUUCACUGAGUGUUGCAUCUUCGGGAACUAGUGUUGCAUUGUCCGUUGCGAACCUUCUUGCCCUAUACGUUGAUCGUUACAUUUUUAUCAGUCGACCUCUAAAAUAUCAUCUCAUAAUGACUAGGCGAAAAGCUUACCUCAUACUCUUAUCAGUUUGGCUUCUAUGUGUUGUUAAUGCAGUACUAUUGUUCACUCUCAGUCGGACUGACAAAGACCUCAUUUACUGCAGAACGGAUUCUCGGUCAGUGCUUGCUGUCGAUUUAUGCACUUUCUAUAUUCUGGUAAUAACCUUGAUCUAUUUGAACCAUAAAAUAUUUAAAGUUGCUAGAAGGCAGAAUUGUAGAACUGCAAUCUAUCCUGCACAAGAAAACACAGAUAUUACAAGUCGGUCUUCUACUCGUUCAGCAUUGCAACAAUUGAAACUACUUAAGACGUUUUUCAUGAUGCUAGGGAUGUUUCUGUGUUGUUUUAUACCAUACGCUAUUGUGAAAACAAUGGAAAUGUUUGACUGCGGUAAACGUCACUGUGUUCCAGACGGAAUUUACGUUUCCUCAGUACUCCUUGUCGGAAUCAAUUCGGUGUGCAAUCCUUUUAUCUAUGUCAUCCGUUUGAAGGUGUGCAGAAAAGUUUGGCAAAAUCUUAUGUAUAAAAUGUGCAAUGACCACGCAUUUUGAC